CUGCUCCAAGCAACCACAAUGCCUAGCAUACAGACUACAGUCAAUUUCCCAAUCCGGAAGACAAGAUCUGGAACAAAGAAUGCUGCUGUUGUUAAGAACCAAGAUCAGCUUAUUAUUUCUAAACAUUCUGUGUCGGCCAAGAAAAAUUACUUAUCAAGACCUCGCAGAAAAUGCGAAGUAGAUCGAGAUGAAAAUAGGGAAAAUAGAGGAGAACAAAGUACUGAGUUAAAUAAAAAUAUAGCCAGCAAUAGAAACAGUCCACAAGCUUUUUGUACUCCUAGAACACCAAAGAAAAGCCCAAGUAGAGAUACCCAACUUGGGGAGUUGUGUUCACCAUCGAAACGUGCAAAAGAAAGUUCUGAGAAUAAUGCACCAGAAAUUCUUCAAACUCCAGAAACAGGAAAGAUCUCUCCUUUAAGGACGAAGAACAUAACUCAGAGUGAACCAACUCAUGCACCAGUACGCAGGAAUAUAUUUGGAUCUAAGUCAUUUACCACAGUUCAGCUUUCUAAACGUGAUGUGUCCUGCUACCAGCAUGCUCGCCAAGUUCUGCACACAUCAGUUCCCUCUAGGAUUCUUUGUCGUGAGAAAGAAAUAUUGGAAAUAGCAGAUUUUAUAGAUAGCCAUCUAGAUCAUCGUUCAUCCGGUUCUAUGUACAUUUCAGGAGCUCCUGGUACAGGAAAAACUUGCUGUUUGACUCAAAUCUUAGAAGCAAAGAAGUUAAAACGAAAUUUCAAGUCCAUCUUUGUCAACUGCAUGAGUUUUAGAAGUUCUACAGCCAUCUACAACAAGAUUUCUUCUGAGUUAAGUUGUAUGCCAAAUUCUAGUUCCCAGCGAGAUGUCUUGAAAAGCAUUGAAAAGAAACUAACAGAUACAGGAAGUAUGGUAGUUCUGGUACUGGACGAAAUAGAUCAUCUGGACAGUAAAAACCAGGAAGUUCUUUACACACUAUUUGACUGGCCAAGACAGAAGAAUUCCAGACUUCUUUUAAUAGGAAUAGCUAAUGCCUUUGACCUAACAGAGCGAGUCCUUCCACGACUCCAGGCUUUGGGUUGCCAACCACCAGUCCUUCACUUUAAACCUUACACCAGGCAGCAGAUUGUUACCAUUCUUGAUGAUAGACUCAAGGAGAUCCAAAGUACUGGUACCCAUGUGAUUCACCCUAUGGCUUUACAGCUUUGUGCUAGGAAGGUUGCGGCUUGUGCUGGAGAUAUUAGGAAAGCUUUGGAUGUUUGUAGUGUACCUUUUUAUGUGAAAUGUCAACAGAUUUUAAAGCCAACUGCAGAUGAUGGUUGCAAUCCUGGAAGUCCAAGAAAAUCUUUAUCUAGUUCAUCCCUCCCAGUAACACCAGUUGGCAUGCAACAUAUUUCUUCAGUUCUUCAUGAAGUCUAUGGUUCUCGUGUCCUAUCUUCAGAUUCUGAAAAUAGUGCUAGGUUUUCUACAAUGCCAUUACAACAUAAGAUUUUACUGUGUUCUUUACUUUUGGUCUUGAGAAAUGGAAAAGUCAAAGAAGUGCCAGUAGGAAAGCUGCAAGAAAUUUGGACAAGAUUGUGCAAAAAACAUCAUGUGAGUGAAUUCGACCAAUCCGAGUUUAUGGGUAUUUGUACCCUGGUGGAAUCUCAGGGUGUCAUUGGUCUCAAGAAGCACAAAGAAUCAAGACUGACCAAGAUCACUUUGAAGAUAGAUGAAAAAGAAGUUGAACAUGUAAUUCAAGAUAAGAUGUUGCUAGCUUCAGUACUUAGUGACAAAACAGUCCUGAAAAAAUGAAAAUUGUUGAGCGUAUUAAACCAGUUUUAAAAUAUUUAGUUGUAAGAAUGAUGUAUAAUGUAAAUAUUAAGAGACUGUUUUUACAAAAGUGAAAAGUUUUGA